AUGCAUCUGUUUAGCAAUGAUGGACUAGAUCAUGUGCCUGUCAAUGUGAAUCUGAUUGGAGCGCCUGCACCGCUUCUUGUGGUGGUGGACUGCAGACUAGAAGAUGUAGUGACACCAGCAUCGUCACGCGGGUGUGCAACCCUCAAGCUUGUGCUAGAUACAAGAGUGCCGGAACCUCUUGGGUUCUGGCCGCUGCAAAUCAACACUGAGGGACGGGAUUGUAGUCGUCAUGGCAACAACGCUGAUGUCCAAGGUGUAUCAUUUAAUCGUGAAAGCUACGAUGACGCAUAUAGCUCUGCAAAAUUUGCGGGAACGGCUACUUCUUUUCUUACAAUUCCGAAUGAAGGUGCCACAUUGGAGACUCUCUCGUUUACGUACGUCGCCUUUGUGAGAAUCUUCGCUGAAGAUGCGAAGUAUAAUGGGCCCCUGUUUAAUUUCCAAAUUGAAGAGAAUGGUCUCUUCAGCAAGUACGGCACUCAUGUAUGGUUUACGGGAUCAAAUAAUCUGUUUGUCCGUUUGAUGAUCGCACAGCCGUAUAAGUUCCUCGGCUACUAUUCACGUCCGGUAUUCUCAGGCUCCACUUGGGUUCAUGCCGCUGUUUCCUACGACUACACCACCGGGCUGUACCAUAUAUACAAGAACGGCGUUGAAUUGGGGGAGUCAAAUGUCGGCCAACACAUCCAUACUACUAGCGGCUCUGUACGUAUUGGCGCACGUCACAUAUCUGCUAAGGACGGCCGCUACUUCAAGGGAGCCAUGAAGUGCGUGCAGUGGUUUGGUGAGGUACUCACCGCAGAGCAGAUUCAGGAGACCAUGCGCGCUUGCGAUAAUCCUGUGCCCUGUCGUGGUUAGUUCACGGAACUGUUUCAACUUAAUCCUGAAAUAUUAUUAUUAUUUCUUUUUAAGCUGAAAUCUUAUCUUGAAUCACGAUAAAGAAGUUGUAGUCUAUGAAGAAUGAAAUUUGUUAGUGUUUUCUUUCUUAUGCAUAUUAAACAAAUUUUGGAAUAAUUGCAGUGUGGUGAACAAUAUUCAAAAAGAGGGUAGGUAGACAUAUUGGUAUUGUAUUUAAAGUGUUCUGUUCCAUUUUUAAUUCUUCAUAUCUAAUUUUUAGAAAUAUCUGUAGUCUUAGCUGACUGAUCAUUGAAUUAAAUAAAUUCUGAGCAGGCGA